GCAGCAGCGCGUGUCGGCGGCACAAGGCGUAGAGAAGUCGAUGCGCGCGGCGCCACGUACGGUUCGAACGCGCUCUGGUUCUGGAUGACAGCUCGGCGAUAACGAGCGGAACAGUUCAGGCGGAACGUUGAUGUUCUGCAGUGGCGUUGCGUGAUUUUUUGUUUUUGUUGCUUCUGUUUUUUAAUCCCUCGCUGCGAUUUCUAAGAGGAUUUACUUCUUCACGUUGGUUUUUUUUUUUUUAAAUUAUCACUGUGAACCUGCUGUGAUCUAUAAUGCCAGCUGACACUAUGGAAAAGCAGACGGCGUCUCCCAUCGCCGGAGCUCCUGCCAACGGAUCACACACACCGGACAAGCCAAAAAAUGCCAGCGAGCACAGAAAGUCAUCUAAACCCAUUAUGGAAAAACGACGGAGGGCGAGAAUAAACGAAAGCCUUUCGCAGCUAAAGACUCUCAUCCUGGACGCACUUAAGAAAGAUAGCUCCAGGCACUCCAAACUGGAAAAGGCAGACAUCCUGGAGAUGACGGUGAAGCACUUGAGGAACCUGCAGCGCAUGCAGAUGAGCGCAGCGCUCUCAGCAGAUGCGACAGUGAUGAGCAAAUACAGAGCCGGAUUCAACGAGUGCAUGAACGAGGUGACCCGCUUCCUGUCCACUUCAGAGGGGGUGAACGCCGAGGUGAGGUCGCGGCUCCUCGGCCAUCUGUCCAGCUGCAUGGGUCAGAUGAUGUCCGUCACGUACCCGCAGCAGGCUCCGUCCCAGCCGGCGCACCUGGCCCAGCCCCUCCAUGUGCAGCUCCCGCCCACCCUGCCCAUCAGCUCCAAGCUCAAUCCCGCAGAGCCCGCCUCUCCCAAGGUGUUCGGCGGGUUCCAGCUGGUUCCCGCAACAGACGGACAGUUCGCCUUUCUGAUCCCCAACCCGCCCUUCGCCUCCGCCGCCACCACCUCUCCUGUUAUCCCCCUCUUCUCCAACGCCGGGGUGCCUAUCGCGGUGAACGCCAGUCCGGUGCACGGCAGCUCCGCGCCCACGGCAGCGUCUCCAGUGCACGGGAUGACGUCCUUCUCCGGGGUGUCCCAGGUGGUCAGCCCGGUGGGGGUGAACGCCGGCGCGGAGAGCAGUGAAGCGGUGUGGCGGCCUUGGUAGCUCCAACAGAAAGGGGACCAGACACUCGCAAACUUUCCCAGAUGAAAGUUUUACCUGAAACUUUUACACAACUGUUGCUGGGUUCAGCCUGCGAUUUUUCCUCUCCAGGGUGGCAACUUUAACCACUCAUGCCCCCUACUAGUUCUGAAUGUUUCGUUUUAUGGAACAAAUGUUGCUAAAAAAAAAAAAAAAAAGAAAAAGAAAAAACAAAACUACAACAACAACAAAAAAAAAACAGCGCAUGUCUUGUUUUUUUUUUUUUUUUUAAUUCUAAUUUAUUGUUAACUCCAACAUUUGGAUGCCGGAGAUAAAGGUUCAGACAUAAGAUUUAUAGGAGGCCUUUGUUAUGAAGUACUUUUUAUGAAAAGAUUUAGUUUUGUACAGAGCUGUUAUUGAUUGUUAUACCAAAGCUGUUUUAUAUUCUGUUUUGUGUUCAAAAGAAAAGAAACUGAAGUUGGGUGGUAACCCAGGGUUUAAAUAAAUGAGACUU